GGUUUAUUCCAGCAGAGAAGCAGCCUUCCAGAAUCAAUAGCUGCACUGAGAUACAAACAACCUCGCCAGCUCUAUCUCCUCAACAAAAUGUCUUCACCCCCACGCAAACCCACACUCAAAGUUCUCGAACCCUUCGAUCAAGGCAAAGAAGCAGGUAAACAGGCAUACCGUGAGGACAGAGUAGAGGAACUACUUAAAUUCCAGUACUCGGAAGAAUACUUCAAAGGUUACGAGGCAGGUGUAAAAGCAGAAAAGAAUCUCAGAAUCCCCGGCACCGAAGAAUGGGAAGCUGAUAGGAUUGCCAAAGGGGCCCAAAAAGCCAAGGAGCUCGAGCUAUUCGAGAGAAUCGGAGAGGAAAAGGCCAAAGAGGCUAGAAGAAUUAAGGAAGCGACUGAGGCUGCUCAUUGCGAUGCUGUUAUGUUUCACAGGGAAGUUGAUAAGUCUCGAGGAGCGUCGAAGGAGGAGUUGAAUGAAACUUUUGGGAUGAAUAUGACCUUUGCAGACAUGGGAAGAAUUUUAGAAAUUCACGGCCCUCGUGCGCAAUUGGAUGGGGAUGGCCAGAUUAAGGGCGGGCUUGAGCGUGGGGAAUACAGAUAAAUGAAGUAAUUGACACUCAUAAAUAGCUGAGUUGUUGGGGUUGGGGAGACAAAAGUUUGCUGGUCUAAUAAUUCCUCGGGUCAUAUC